AAUUUUUUUUCAUUAUUCUUAAACAUAAUUAAUUGUUUUUCUAAAUAAAAUUUUGCUAACAAUAUGUUUCGAUUGACAAUUGUAUUAUUGGUCCAAUUUCUGGUUUUUUACAGCGUUUUUGCCGAUCCACCAGAAACUUGGGAUUGUGAUGACAAAACCAAAUGUUGUUGUGGCGGUCAGUUAGGUUUGAUUUGCGCCAAACGACUUUGUUUAGACCAAAAUGAACCUGAUGGUAUUCCCAUAUUGAGAGGUCAGUGCAAAUCGCGUGCUUUCUACCAGUGCUCGUCCAUCGAUGAACCGGCCGUUUUCAAAGGUCUGUGUCCUAACUGUCGUAUAUCGGAACCGGGAGUCGAUAAAUGUUUGACACCAACUUUCAGUGAAAGUUUAAUAAAAUUUUAUGUAAACAAACAAACUUGGAAUUAACAGAAAGG